GAGAGAGAGAAAGAGAGAGAGAGAGAGAAAGAGGAAGAGAGGAAGAGAAAGACGGCUUUCGGCGGGGUUGCUCACACGAGCAACGGGGCGUCGCGUCCGUACCGUCGUCGUCCGUGUCGCGAUACGCGCACGUCAGAGACGCUUAAUGUGCGCGAGCCGGGCGUGUGUUGUUGGUACGCUCGUGAUAGCGGGCGCGGCAAAUGCGGGCGGUAGCGAUUGCGGCGACGGAGCCACCGCGAUCGCGAGCGCGGCAGAAAGAUGUCAAACGGCGGCUCACCGUGGUCCGAACGACUCGUGAACGUGCUUCUAGUUGCGGUAGUGGUGGUGCUUGUGACAAUAGUGCGGACAGUGGUGGUAACAUCAGUGGCGGCGUCCCUCCUGCCGUCACAGUUACUGCCACUGUUAUCGGCGGUGGCGGCGGCGGCGUCGUCGUCGUCGGCGGCUGUGACGGUGGUGGCGCCGCGGACGGUCUCCGCGACGACGGCGUGACGUUACCCGACGCCCGCGGCACGACGCCAGCGGUGAAUCGCCGUCGCGAGACAACAGUAGCGUGUAUCUGCGACGACGGCGGCGGCGGCGGCGACUGCGAUCGCGACAGCGACGGCGACGACGCCGUCGUAACGACGGGCCGCUGUUGCGAACUCGAAGCGGUGAUACCCCGGACGACGACGCCGGCGAGUGCCGGUAACACGGACGACGCGAGGAUAGUCGGCAGCAACAGCGCGAACACGGUCGCCACCGCCGCGGUCGUUGUUGUGAACAGCGGGUCGACGUUGUACGACGACGAGGACGACGACGACGAAGACGAGGACGACGACGACGACGAGGACGAAGACGAAGAAGACGACGACGAGGACGAAGAAGACGAAGAGGACGAGGAGGAGGAAGACGACGACAACGAUAACGAGGAGAUCGGAAACUAUCGUUAUCGGUACAAGCACGGCAACAUGGUCGCGGCGAUGAACGAACACCUGUCUAACACGACGACGACGACGACAUCGUCGCCGGCGUCGGCGAACGGUGCCCGCAGCACGUCCAGCAGCACCGUCGCGACGCUGUCAUUGUCCUCGACCAUGUCCAACAGCAGCGCGAUCGUCAGCGGCAACAGCAAUCCCCCGGCGAUGUCGACGACAACGACGAGCGCGGCGAUCAACACCGCCGGCGGCAUCGUCGUCGGCCUCGGCGUCACCACGAACAACAACAGCUGCGGCAACGCGCGCAAUCAGGAGUUCCAGGAGAUGGACGGCGACGACGGCAAAAACAUCGCCGUCAGCACCACUACCACCACCACCACCACCACCGGGCCCGCCGGCAUCCUCAGUUUCCCAUGCGACUUCGAUCAUAUGUACGCGAGUAUGACGGACGGCGGUACGCCGGCCGCCGCGACGGCCUCCGCAGCCGCAGCCGCCGCCGCCGCCGCCGCUGCCGCUGCUCUCGGGGUCAGUCCACUGCGCGGCAACGAACCUCGUCAGAACGACCUCACUGAGGUCAAGCACCUGAAGGAGUUAUUGCUGCUACACUUGGACCUCAUCCAGCAGCAGUCCGAGCAGAUCGUCACCAAGGACAAGCUUCUCGCCGCGCUGCGUCAGGAAAACGAGACGUUGAAGCUACGUUUGGAACGUAUGGAAAGGCGGGUAAACCUCCAGAAACUGAGGUCUGAAUGUAGCGAGAAUUCUGCGAGUACCGAACAUCUCGGCACGUGUUCGCCACCCAGCGUUAAUACCGUAAACACAGCGUCAACCAGUGAACCGCACCGAAAUGUGCAAUCCGAGAGUAGUAACACUUUACAUGAGAGCUUUAAGAUACGUUUGAACACGAGUGGUGGUAUCACCACUGUUAAGCAAGAACCUCUGGAUAAUCAAAUCAAACACGAAAUAAAGCAAGAGGCUAAUGAGACAAGAUUCGAAUGGGAAGAGAAAAAGAAGAGGCGAUCGGACCCAACCCCCCUGUCCACAGGCAGUAAAAAGAAAAGAGGGUUGUCCUGUUCAUCCACUGUUAAUACUGACGCGUCCUCCAAUAUACAGGAUAAGGUAUUAGGUCAGACUUCGCACGAGCCCACUAGAAAGAGUGACAGGAAGACAAAAUCUCUCGUAAAAAAGGAGUCAUUCCUUACGACAGAGGAACAUUAUUACACUGCUGUAGGAGAUCCGAGUUAUACUUUAAGUCUCAAACAAUCCAGUCCAGUAGAAACAUGUAGUUCUCUAGAAGUUCCAAAUUGGAGGGUAAAAAUAUACACAAGUUGUUACACGAUGGAGGGUACCGAGAACUUGGAUGAUGAGAUUUUUAAUAAAAGACAUUUAAAAUUGGAGAAUGAUGAGAGGAGGAGGAAACGGUGGGAUGUGCAGAGGAUAAGGGAACAAAGGCAUAUAGAGAAGUUAAAGCAAAGACAAGAACGUCAAAAUCAUCAAGCCACAUGCUACAAUACUAAUCAUACUGGCCCUUGCCCUUCGUCCUUAGAAGAGGAAACCAUAACGUCUUUGUGGCCUGACAUAGAACAAAUUCAAAGUCUCCAAGUGGAUUCUCAUUUGCCAGUAACUGCAUUUGGCACCCCUAUUCCUAGUUUUACUCCAAGUGAAUUUUCUUUACCUUGGUCGAACGCGACACGAAUAAAGUGUCGACGCCCUAAACGUUCAACAAGUAGAAGAAAAUCUACAGGUAGAAGAAAAGUCUAGGAGACAAAUUUUUAUAAAAGUGGACAGAACUGAUUUUAUCUGGACCGUCGGUUUUAAAUAUUGAGAGAAUAGUAUUGCUCCCUCUCAUCACACAUUUGAAUCAGUGUUCUUUUUUCGUUGCUACGCGAGAUAUAGGGGCACCAAAGAUAUUUUUAUUAACUUUUUUAACGUCUGCAAUGUAUACAGCAGGUAUAUAGUUUAUCUAUUUUUUUUUCUACAUUUUUGUCGAUUAAGUAAAUUUAUCAUCAAUACUUGUUUGAUACAUCUAUUCUACUUUUUGUACUCGGUGUUGGUCAUUUUAUUUAUGUAACUAUGAAUAUGUAUCACACAAUGUAAUGAAAAAACAUGUCAGUUUGCGGAUGCAUCAAAAAUUUGACUAAGAUCAGGAGAUUUUUGUUCUAUCGUCAAAAUCUGCUUAUUGGUUAUUGAUAUUUGCAAUUUUUUUUUUACAAUUGUAACAAGGCAGAGUUUAUAUCGAUUUUAUAACCCAAUAUGUUUUUUGCUAUUGUAAAAUUUGUUAAUGAAAUUACUCAUGUAUACAGUCGGUAAAAAAAGAAAAUCUUAUAAAAACGAUGUUAUAUAAAACGCGAAAAAAAUAUAAUCAAUUUUUAAAUCUUGUGUAGCCCCUUUUUUGAUGUUUUAUAAAUUCUGUAUAGUAGCUUUAGUGACGGAAGACGUGUCACUAUUCUUAAAAAGUUACGCAUCAUUGCGAACGGAUCGCGUUUGGUUAACUCCAAAACUUACAGUACAAAUAUAUUUAUUGUACAGAGUGUUUCAGAAAAUGCGCGCUUCCUCUCAGUAACAGAUUCUCUGACGAAUUUAUGGAGUGGUGAAAAACUCCUUGUGAAAAAUUUGAAGGAAGGCCUAAUUGUAUAUGUAAAAUAAUUCUUGUAUACUUUUUAAGAUUAAGCUAUAAUCUCAAGUAAAUUUCAUUUUAAGAGACAUUUUAUUUCGGGACAAAUUGUCGAUACAUAUGAACUAGUGAAGACGAAAAAAAGUUGAAUGGAUGACCAGAUUCACGUCGAGAAAAUCUGUAACUAAAAGAAAUUAGGCGCCUUUUGAUACAACCUGUAUAUGUCGUAUAUCUAUUAUAUUAUAUUAUGAGUAAGGAUCUGUAAACCGCGACUUACAGCUAUAAGUGAAUUCAUUACAGCGUCUGUUACCUCUGACGACUCCCAUGUAGGACGCUGUAUCGAGAUUCGAGCGUGAUUCUUCGGUCACAGAAACGGACAAGGAGGAACUUCGCGGACAUUGUAAACGAUUGUAAAGUCACCGAUAACGCGACUAGUGGCCCAAGGUUUAACGACCCGAAGUAUGAGAUUCCUUAAAAUAACACGCGUUUUCUAGCACAAUCAGUUCGAUUAAGCAUUAAAGUUAAGUCUACUGUCUUCGUGCUUCGCAUUAUUAUGUUAUUGGUAAAUAAAAUUUAUACGUAUAUUAGUUUUUACGGAUUUCCAUUCGUGCUAUCUUCAGACAGCGUUAUCGAUCCACCUAUCGUUAAUCAUCUCUCGGAGGACAGCUAACCGAGUUCUGAGAAUGGCGUCCUAGAUUUGUGAUAAUUCCGACUUCACAUUUGCAUUGUAGAAAGAAACUGUGGUAUUACGAAUAUAAGGAAUCGAUGUGUGAAUAAUAGCAGAUAACAACACGUUAUUUUCGCAUAUUUAGAUCUGCUGUGUCGCAUAAUUUUAAGACGCCGUUUGAUGCGCAAUAAUUUAUCUCGGCUUGAACGAAAGUUCGAGGAAAACUGUACACAUCUUUCUUCAAAGAGGUGCAUGGUUUUCGAAGUUUCUUUUUUUUAUGUCUCUUACUUUUUAAGGUAUAUGUAUACAACAACUGACAUAUUCUGUAAGAUAGUGUAUUAACCGUCCGUGAAAAC